AUGGCGCAUAGCCUGUCGGAAGAGUGCACGCCUCUCAAGCGUGAAUACGACGCCUGCUUCAACGCCUGGUUCGAGGGCUACCUCGAGCCCGCCGUCUCUGCCUCCGCGUCGCCCGAGCAGCGCUCACAGUUCUCCCAGGAGAAGGCCGCCGAGUACGAGGAGAACUGCGGCAAGAUCUGGGUGCGGUAUCGCGAGUGCGUGCAGAAAGCUGUCAAGGACAAGGGCUUGGACACGCUGCUCGAGCAGGCACGAGAAGAGAAUCCGCUCAAGGACCCCCCGGCGCAUCCUAGCGCAGAGACCUCCUCUUCAUAG